CCGGAAACAUCAUGGAAAUUUAAAACCAGCUUUGCAUUAAUUACACGACACACUUAUAAAUACAAACAUGAGAUGUUGAAAAGGAAAAGACAAAUACAAUUCAAAACCAAAGCUCACGACAGUCUCUUAUUUAUCAAUGGCGAAUUUUCUCAUCAACAGAAGAACAAGAAGAACAAUGAAAUCAAAGAAAGCUGAAGAAGGGAAGAGAUCGGAUUCAAAUUCUAAUUCAGACAAUAACUUCUCAUGCAAGAAGCACACGAAACAUAGACAGUCUCCUGGAAUCUGUUCUCUCUGUCUCACCGAGAGGCUCUCUAAGCUAUCUCUGGAGUACUACGAUUACACUAAGAAGGCAGUUGAAACGGCGACGUAUUGCGGCUCAACAUCAACAUCUUCUUCCUCGUCGGUCUCGUCUUGUUACUCUUCUUCUUCUGUCUCUUCUUGUUCGUCUCCUUUGCAAUAUCGGUAUAGAGAAAAGAAGAAGGAUGGGAAGAAACAAAGCUUCUUGUUCAGAUUAUUGCUCGGAUCCAUCGUAGACUAGUUCUUUUCUUUCCGUAGUUUUUAAUUCAUUAUACUACUUUUUAUGAAUUCAUUAUUCUUCGAUAUCUUUUCAUUCGGAAAAUGCAGAGAAUCAGCAAAAUAAUUGCAAGAAGAUUUUAUACCAACAAAUUUGUAUUUUAAUCUUGUUUGUGACAAAAUAAAAGAAGUUAAAAUCCGAUAUA